GCAAGCCUGAUGUUGUGGUAGUCGAGGAUGAAGAGUACAAACGAGUCAGCUUUGACAAAUUCAAGAAACUCUCCACUGUGUUCCAAAAGGAGAAUGGAACUGUUACAGCAGGCAAUGCUUCCGCUCUGAAUGAUGCCGCAGCAGCUCUGGUGCUGAUGACAUCACAGGCGGCUGAACGACUCGGCUGUAGGCCUCUAGCUCGUGUUGUGGGCUUCCAGGAUGCGGCCACAGAGCCCAUUGACUUCCCUCUUGCCCCAGUGCUCGCAGUACCCAAGCUACUGGGCACCUUUGGCUUGAAGAAAGAUGAUGUGGCACUAUGGGAAGUGAAUGAGGCAUUCAGUGUUGUCAUGUUGGCAUUCUUGAAGUCUUUGGAUAUUGAUGUAAAGAAGACAAAUGUCCAUGGGGGAGCGGUGAGCUUGGGGCACCCCAUAGGGAUGUCUGGGGCACGCAUUGUUCUGCAUUUGAUGCAUGCCCUAAAGCCUGGGCAGCUGGGCGUUGCUGCCAUCUGCAAUGGUGGAGGUGGGGCAUCUUCCAUAUUGAUAGAGAAGCUGUAAGUCAGUGCAGUGGUGAAGCUCAUCUCUGUGAACCAGGGUAUGUUGUAGCUUGUGUAGACGGCCUUAUGGAAGAACAGUCCUGUGUUACUACAUCUGAAUUUCCUUCUGGCAUGUGAAUACUGGAAGUAUGUUGAAAGUAGAAUCUAAUGACUUUGUUACGAUGAUAUAAUUGUCUACGCCGCUGAUGAUGCACCUUUGUUCGCACAGUAGAUGGAGCGUAAGACUGCCCACAUUACAUUGUUAUAUAUUGUUAAUGGAGUCACUGAAUUUCUUAAGAAAUGAGUAAAUAUAUUUUAAUAGAAAACAACACCUUUCUGAUCUGUUUCCAUGCCACAGCUUUCAUGUAACUAUUGUCAUAGGUUUGUUGAUUGCUAUGUUGAUGUGAACUUUAUCUGAUGCUCAAAUUUUGUUUCCCUGUAAAGGUGGGAACCUGUGUGGAAAAAUUAUUGCAAAUAACAGAUAAGUUAAGAGGUCAAACAGUGGAGCUGCAAGGAUGAUCGUAUGUUCAGAUCUCAGCCCAUUGAUUGCUGUCGUGACUGUGCUCUUGCUGUGACUAUGGGUUGUGACACCACGUGUGUUGUAGCUGGAUGCCAAAAUUUCAGAGGAACGUGCCAACUUCCAUAAUCAGAAUUGAAGAGAAUGUGGUGAGGAUGUCAGAUUGUACAGGGAGGUUGCUAGGAACAUGGUGAAAUAGAUCCAUGAAGAUGGGGACUACUUGUUUCUCCAAAAUGUCAGCAUCCACUUACAGUGCUGCGUGGUGUUACAGUCCAGAACACGCCAGUCUGAACAACUGCCAUCACGAAAACCAGAAAAGUUGUGACUCAGGUAAUACCAUAAUUAAGGUCACAUUCACCUCGAUACACAUUUGUACGUACAGUUUAUGUUCAUCUCAUCAUCUUGUUCAGCACAAUAGAACUUCUGCAUUUCAA